AUGCAAUUGUUCGCUCCUAAACACCAAAAGUUGGUCAAUCAAUGCUACCCAUCAGGUAGGACUACAGACAAAAAGCCCAAAUCCUCAGAGACAUCAUAUUUGCUUUAUUAUGUCAAUUCGAGACGUAGCAAACUAGAGAAAGUCAGCACCUAUUUGGUGAAGAGAACGGUUGCCGACCUGAACCGGCGCAGGGUUGGAAAUGUUUCCGUAACGUUAGAACUGAUGGCCCAGAUAAUAACAAACUGUAAGGAAAAUUUGAAUGUAUUUGUAAAAGAUUUCCUGUCAAUUAUGCAACGAAUAGUAUCAAACAACAACUUUAAUAAUGAUGUUACCGUUGUCGAAUUGGUUGAGAAAACAUACUGUAAUAUAUGUCAAAAUGUUGAUGGUGCUCUCUUCAGCGGUGAUUCAGAAUUCGUCAAGAUGUAUCAAGCAUUUGUUACCAUCUAUUUUAAAGUUGUCAACGACUCUUUGCAUAAUGAUGAUCUUGUGCUGAAAGGCUGCAUUGACAUAUCACAAACAAAAAAUAUAGCAAGUAGUCCCCAGAUCAAGCAUUUGAUUCCAGAGUCCGUUCACUGUGUGUUAGUUAAAUUUGUGGAAAGAAAUCCAAGAUAUAAGUUACCUCAUUUGGAUCCUAGCGGUGAUCAGAAUUUAGGAAAAAGGCUGAGUAGAACUCAAACCCGUACUUUAGGUUUAGAUGAUAUUCAAGACACCGAAGCCGAUUUAUCUGUGAGGGCUCUUAAAUCUUAUUUUGGAACAACUGAAACGGACAAACUCUCUGCUUCAAUUCGUUCUUUGUCGGACUUUAUUCAGACUACGCCAAAUAAGGACUUGCUGGAGUUCAUAUGUAACGGAAUUCCUGUUCAACUGAGGUAUAUUGUCGUGUUGCUACUGAUUCGCCAAUUGAAUAUAAAGACAUCUAAACAUAUCAUAAUAUUGAAGUUAGUUUCAUCUUUACUUGUAUCCGAUGUGAGUAUUGUUGGAUUGAGCAUUCUCGAUAUGAUGAGAAAAAUCUUAAAAUUUCAAAUGGAGAAUAUUAGUCAAUUCGACAUAGUUGAGCAAUGCUCUUUAACGCUUGCGGACUUGAAUAACAAAAUCUAUUACAGGGGACAAACAUCAGAUAUGUUAUAUGAACUCAUAGUCAAGUUAAAGAGCACAAAAAAUACAAAUGAAAUCUCGGUAUUGAAUGGAGAUGUAAAGCAAUUGCUUAAACAGAUUGUAAGUCCGUGUCUAAGUUUGGAACUCUUCUUAGACUUGGCUCCCUUCGCUGCCGAAAACGAAAUUGUGUCACUUUUUGAUGCUGUGGAAGAUCAAACAUCUGGUGGCUGGCUAUUUUCGAGACUUUUCGAGCUCAUUCGAAAACUCAAAUCAUCUGAUCAUCAGAGAAGUUUAAUGCACAAAGUAUUUGAAAAGUAUAAAAAUUUGGCUUUGUUAUCUGGCCUUAAAUAUUUCACAGAAAGCGUAGCAGAGUCAGAACCAGCGUACUAUAUAUAUCAUAUUGAGGCCGCAAGAUAUUUGGAUAUUGAUGAUUACAGAUCACAGACAGAGUAUAAACGUGAGACAAACUCGAUUUUCACGAAAGAGGACUUGGUGAAUUUUUACUCUGACGUCGGCUCCAACAAGUACAGCAAGAAGGGCAUGCAAAUUCUGCUUUCACAGAAUAUGCAAAUGUCAAAUUCUGAUUUGCUUUCAGAUACAAAUGGCCGGUCGACAAUUGUAGGGUCACUGGAAGGUGUCACACAAGAUUCAUCGAGCGAAGCAAUUCGAUCUCAGAAUCAAGAGAUGAAUGGAAACAAGAAAUCAAAUGGCACUGCUCUGCAUGAUUAUAAAAUGGACAAUAGUAUUUCUUUAGGCCCAAAUAAUAAGUCAUGGGGUACCUAUAGGUUUCAGACACCGAAGGUCGCAGAUCUUAAAAGAGCUAUGAGCAGAAAAGGACAGCAAAAUGUGAAAAGAGAAAGUUCCUUGCGCGGGGGCUCUCAAUCCGUAAAAUCAAGAGUUACAAACAUAACUUUCCUGCUAAGUGAAUUAAAAAGUCUUGAUGACGAGACAAGCCAUAUCCAUGAUCCGGAUGAGGAUGAAAUUGUGGGCAUGGACAAGCCUGACCUUGUUAAGUCGCAUGCCCUGAAGCCUUCUAUCAGCGUUAGUGGUAGCAACAGAAAGUCAUUUGUUAAGCCGACCGAGAGAAGUCAAGAUGAGUUCACUGAUGCUGUUGAAGAAGUUCCCACAACAGGAACGAGAGGUAGGCUAUUCUGA